ACCUUCGGUCUUCCCGGGACAUUCAAUUUUAAUGGUGCAAAAUACAACAUAUCUACUCAGGGGGUCGUGCCUACCAUCGAGGCAUUUUCCGGUUCGGAUGGAAUUCCGGAUGCUGAUGGUACUCGUCUCGGGUUUUCCGGUGGAAAUAUCACGGUCAACACAGGAGUCGUACCCGGAUCACACUCCAGCGUACCUAUUCCUCAAGGUUUCAGCACGAACUAUUCGAUGUGGCAACAAGGGUUAACAGCGAAUGUCAGCUGCCAGGCCAUUGACUUGAGUCAAACACCGUACCUUUGGAACACGAACAACUCUUACGUCAUCUAUAGCAACCCAGCUGCUCCGAACAACGACUCCAUUACUGGUCUCCGCUUGUGGAAUAUCAGUGCAAACUGCAGUACCAAUACGCUGACAGCAUACGAAUAUCUGACCAUAGUGGAUGCAAAUGGAAAUGCGAGCUUAUCAGGGAAUGGCUUUCUUCCGUCUGUUGUGUGCCUAGGACCAACGAAUAUGAACCAGACUUAUACAAGCUUCACCAUUUUUACACAAGGGUUUUACAAGUAUGAGUUCCUUAAAGCAAGCGUGUGCGAAGUGGUUCCCCUGUUGACCAGAGUCCGCGCCGAUUAUUCCAACGACCAAAUUUCUUCUGAGGUUAUCUCAUUCGCUCCCUUCCAGUCAGAGAAUGCCGAGCUACUGUCAUUUAUCGCUGGAGUUGCCAAGUAUCAGUCGAUCAACUCGCAGGGACUUACGAGCAGUACCAUUGGGGAUACCUUGUACUCCAUCUAUUCCUCGACUACUACCGAACGCAUCAAUAACAAUCUCAAUGACACACAGGUUUACCUUGAGCUCGAGGAUUACUGGCGUGGUGUUGUUGAGUUUUCCGCCACGUUUCUUCGCUCCGGGUUCAUGGCCACAGGCAGCUUUCCCGAUAAUAUCAUCCCGAACAAUCUCUCUUCCCCAGUCAACGGGACCAUGUUCAUAUCGACAAUAGGCUGGACUCGCUGGACUAAGAACUCGCCGACAUAUCUGCUCGCUACAGUGCCGCUCACCAUUAUCACCAUCCUCACUUUCGCCUGCGCAUUGUACAGUCUUCUGGAGACUUGGGAAGAACAUCGAUCUAGAAAGCACAAGGCCCACUUCAAUGUGUCAAACACAAUUCAUCUCAUUAUGCUAUGCGCUGCUGAGAGUCUCAAACUCGGACAUUUCGCCAAGCAUAAGAAUGGGAAUGCGAUCAAGAACAAUGAGGUUGAGAAGGUUCAACUGGACGAGUUUGACUUCCCCCGGCUCUCAAACUCAAAGUUUGUGGGAGAAGUGAAACUUGAAGGAGAUGCAUGAUUCUCAGCCAUAUCACGUUACAGUAGUGUCUGUUCUCAGUUGUAUCAUCGAGGGUCUUGUUUGGCAUUUGUAGGGCACGGUGUUAAACUAUAGAGUAAUAAAUGUGAUUGUUUUGGGUUUUA